CUUCCAUUCAACAUUUCUUCUUGUUUCUUUUUCAAGCUUUUUUCAAAAACCAUGGCGAAGCUUGCUUUGGUUGUGGUAUUCUUUUUGGGUCUUGUCCUUUCAACUCAAGGAGAAUUCACCCAAUUCGAUGGCUUCGCCGGAAGUGUGUUAAGCUCUGCAGAAGAUGAAGCUGAGAGUGCCAAAGGGUCGUUGUUCCAGAUGUUUUCCCCUGAUAUAAACAAGGUUACUACAGAAGUCAAAGGUGCGGCCGACACCUUAUCGACCUCCGGAACAGAUGCUGCCAAUAUCAUGAAAGAGAAUGCUGAGUCAUGGGUUGAUACAUUUUCCCCUAAUGCCACCCCGGGCCCGUCUGCCGAUAAUCCGAAGAAGUCAUCAUGGACUGGUUGGAUCACAGACAGGCUCAGGGGCAUUGGGCUAAUGCCUUCCAAUGACUCAAAGAAAGAGGCAAACAAUUUGGCUUCGACUCCGGCUAUGGCACCAGGACCUGCCUUUGCACCCAUUGUAUUUGGUUAAGAUGGGAUUAAUAUAAACCAAACUAUUAUCAAUAAGUGCUGGAUGCAGGGGUAAAACACACUGCAAUUUUAAGGAGAGAAUUUGUGUUCAAGCCCUGGAAAUAAUGUUUUUGAGAAAGGCAACUAUGAAUCCUAAAAGGAUUAGUCUUCAUAGACCAUGAAGCAGAUAUGGAAGAUACAUUGGUUUUUCAAUAGA